AUGGCGGGAGGGCGGCCCCAGCCGGGCAGCCUCCUGCGUCGGAUGGGGACGCCGAGCGCUUUGGAGACCGUCCCCGCCCCCGCCAACGUCGCUGCCGCCGGUGCCAACGGGCACCGCGCUUUCGAAUUCACCUUCGAAAGCGCGGUGAGGCCCGGCACCAUGGCCCCGCCGCCCACCCCCGUCGGCUCCGACGACGGAGCACCCAUGGCCGCCCUCGUCUCUCCCGCUCGCCCGCCCGCCGUUCGCCCUCCCGCCGCCGCCACCACCUACACCACCAUCCCCGCUUGCUGGCCCCUAGCCAGACCCGUCCUCGGCGGCGGUGGCCUUUACGGCCAGGCGUACCACGUUGGGCAGGGAAACCUGCGCUUCGAGACGUCGCCGAGGAUGGAGGACUGGCUGGGGAGGCUCGAGGCGUUCUCGUUCGGGCGCCAAGAGGAGGAGGAGGAGGAGGAGGAGAAGGAGACCGUUUCCGCCGCUGCACAAGGCGGCAGUACCGUGGGUGAGGGCACCGCCCUCGAUACCGAAGAGAGUGUCCGGGCCGGCGAAAAGCGCAGCGCCCCACCCCCCACCACCAACCCCGACGACGACGACGACGAGACCAACGAGCCCGCCCCCAAGCGGAGCCGCAUCAGCACUGCCUUCCAGCGCACCUUCUCGCGCCUGAGCAGCCGGGCCUGGCCCACCACCACCACUACCACCAGCACCACCCCCCUCCCUUCCUCCCCCCUCGUCCCGGCCUCCUCCGCCUACGCCCGCCCCGCCACCGCCGCCACCAUCCACCCCGCAGGCCGCACCAACCCCCUUCCCCCGUUUGCGUCUGCUUUCGCCCCCGGUUUUGGUUACGCCCCCGGCUCUGCCUCCCGUUCGCCGCCUCCUCCCAGCCUCCGUCCCGGCCCCGGUCGGGUGUUUAGUCCGUUCUCUCUGCUCUCAAGAGUGGGUUCGGCUGUGCCGAGUGAGGCGGCCCCACGCACGGUUAAGGUUUGUUUGGUGGGAGAUGUGGGGGCAGGGAAGACGGCGUUGUUUAAUCGGCUGGUGGGAAACGUUUUCGUCUCGAACCCGACCUCUCUCGUCCCGGACUUCAAGUCCGUCAUCGUCCAAGCCGAGGACCGUUCCUCCAUCAACGUCGAGCUGUGGGACUUCCCGGGCAUUGUUGCCAGCGGUGCGCGCCCCGGCCCGCUCCUUUCGACCUUCUUCCACGCCGCGGUCGUUUGUUUCAGCCUCGAGGACAAGGACAACCUGCGGAACAUCGCCGACGUGUGGAAGCCCAAGCUCGAUGCCUGCCUCCACGACCAGCACGUCUUCGUGCUUGGUCUCAAGCGCGACCUCCGCCCGGCCUACCCCACGCUGGACCUCUCCUUCCUACCGACCGCGGAGCGGGCCACGGCCGAGAUGGGCCAGCAAGCAGCGGGGGCGAUCAACGCCAGCGGCUACGGCGAGUGCUCCGCCCUAACCAACGACAACAUCCAAGGCGUGUGGGAGGGCAUGAUAAACCACGUCAUCACCAACCUCGACGAACGUGAGAAAUCCAAUAGGACUGGCCGCAAGCGCGGGCGCGCCAAGACAGCCGUCACCGGAUUCCUCGACAAGUGCGGCAUGAACCGGUUCGGCAAGGACAGGGAGCGCGAGUGA